GAAGCGCACGAGGGCGAGCUGUCUUCCUGAAGGACAACGUGCGAACUGUCAAAACAUAACGUCCUUAUUCAACAACAUACCGUUUAAGGUUAAUUAAUUGUUGUGCAUGUUUUGGACUUGAAACACUUUCGAAAGUGAUCAUGCAGUUACACAUCUGACUCGACACAGAGCCCUGACCGUGCUGCAUCUGUGAUGUUCCUGUUCCGGUGACGUGUGUGUGUGUGUGAGAUGGCGGUGAACUUGUCGUUUGCGGCGUGCGGGUUCCUGGGCAUCUACCAGCUGGGUGUGGUGGGGGCUCUGCAGCAGCAUGGGCAGAGCCUACUGGGGCGGCUGCACGCGUGCGGAGGGGCCUCGGCCGGCUCACUGGUGGCCACUGUGCUGCUCACCGCGCCGCACAAGCUGGAGAGUUGUAAAGACUUCACGUGUCGCUUCGCUGACAAUGUCAGGAGACAGGCCCUGGGAGCCGUAACCCCGGGUUACGACUUCAUGCAGGAGCUCAGGGAAGGCAUCAAUGAGAUCCUCCCCCAGGAUGCACACCAGGGCUGAAGACCUAUCAACGAGAUCACACACCCAAAAAUGAACCACAUAGUGUCCAGCUUCAGCUCCAGAGAGGAGUUGAUACAGGCCCUCUUAGCCAGCAGCUUUGUGCCAUUCUACGCGGGGCUCAAACCGGUGGAGUUCCAGGGACAGACGUGGAUAGAUGGAGGUUUCACCGACAGCCUUCCCAUCAUGCCCGGCGGCAGGACCAUCACCGUCUCGCCCUUCAGCGGCCCCUUGGACAUCUGCCCCACACACACCGGACGGAGUCCCAUCAUGCUACGCCUCGCCAACAUGAGCGUCCACUUUUCCCGCCAGAACAUUGUCCGGCUGAACCAGGCACUCUUCCCUCCGCCAGAGAGUCGCAUGCGAGCGCUCGGCCGGGAGGGAUACGAGGACGCCGUCCACUUCCUGAAGAGAGAACGCUGGACCUCCUCCACUUCCUGAAGAGGGAACGCUGGAUAUUGUCCACUUCCUGAAGAGGGAAUGCUGGAUAUUGUCCACUUCCUGAAGAGGGAAUGCUGGAUAUUGUCCACUUCCACUACCCUAUGCGUUUGACUUUCUGAAGAGGACUUUCACUUGAAGAGCGUUUUUUAACAGCCUGGGUCAGAGGGGUUCUGUUCUGGAUGUUUUACUCAAUGAUAUUAUAACCAAACAUAAGAUGACCAAGGCGAACAGAUUUAUGUAAUUUGGGAUUGCUGCUAUAAUCCAAGUACCCAAGAUUUUAUGAAGUGCUCAAAGUCUUUUAACAUUUUAGAAAAGUGGGGAAUGCUUGUGUGUGUGUGUGUAAUUUGGGUGAGUGGGUAAUCUUGGUGUUUGUUAUUAAUUCCCUUAUUUAGUACAGAUGUGUGUGUGUGUGUGUGUGUGUGUGUGCAGGAAUACAUUUUAAUAAAGUUCCAUCGAGGACU